AUGCUCCACCCUGUAUUUGUGACAUCUGUGCUGAAUUCCUCAGACUCAGGACUUGGGGGUAGCCCCCUCCGGGCUCCGACCAUUACUGGCAAAGAGCGACCAUCACUGACAAAGAGCGCUGGGAGUGCUGGAACCCAGAGGGCCUCACAGCUCCUUACAUCUCAGUGGGACCUCCAGUUGCACUCCCUGAUCAUUCUGUCCCUGGUUGGUCUGUUGUUGAAAAUAUCUGGAUCAAUGGUUGUAGCGGAUUCCAGACCCAAUGUGCUAUUGAUAAUGGCAGAUGAUCUAGGGAUUGGUGACCUAGGUUGUUUUGGCAAUGAUACAAUUAGGACUCCUAAUAUUGACAGCCUCUGCAAAGAAGGUAUAAAACUCACUCAGCAUAUUUCUUCAGAGGCAUUGUGUACCCCCAGCAGAUCAGCUUUCCUCACAGGCAGAUACCCAGUCCGAACAGGAAUGGUCUCUAGAGAUGUUGUCCGUUCCCAUGGCGUCUUCGGCUCUCUUGGGGUCCAUGGAGGGCUCCCUCGGAAUGAAACCACAUUUGCAGCCACCCUGAAGAAGCAUGGUUACAGCACAGCACUGAUAGGUAAAUGGCACCAAGGUUUAAACUGUAAAUACCGAUAUGACUACUGCCAUCAUCCUAACCACUAUGGCUUUGACUAUUUCUACGGCAUGCCACACACACUCAAUAGUGCUAGUUGGCCAGAUCCCUCCCGUGAUACAGAAUUAGCCAUAUCAAGUAAACUGUGGUUCUGCAUGGAGCUACUCAUCAUCGCUGUGCUCACACUGACCGUGGGGAAACUCUUUCAUUGGGUUUCCAUACCCUGGCUGUUUAUUAUCUGCAUGAUUUUAUUUGGCUUCUUUGUGGCCUUCUCUUGGUACUCCAGUUUUACAUCUUCUUUGUAUUGGAGUUGCAUUCUUAUGAGACAACAGGAAAUUACAGAGCAACCUUUGAAGGCAGAAAGAGCUGGCUUAAUUAUGCUGAAGGAGGCAGUUUCUUUUAUCAAAAGAAACAAAGAUAGACCUUUCCUCCUAUUUUAUUCUUUUUUACAUGUCCAUGUACCUCUUCCCACAACAAAUGAGUUUUAUGGAAGUAGCAACUAUAGACUUUAUGGGGACUUUGUAGAAGAGAUGGACUUUCUGGUGGGCAAACUUCUUGAUACCAUUGAUGCAAAUGGAUUGAGAAACAACACAAUUGUCUACUUUACCUCAGACCAUGGAGGGCAUUUGGAGGUCAUGAGAGGAAGGGUUCACUUAGGUGGCUUCAAUGGAAUAUACAAAGGUGGAAAAGGAAUGGCAGGCUGGGAAGGUGGAAUUCGAGUCCCAGGGAUUAUUAGGUGGCCAGGAACGUUGCCAGCUGGAAAAAUUAUUGAGGAACCUACAAGUUUAAUGGAUAUUUACCCAACUCUAGCUUCAAUAGUAGGAGAAACUUUACCCCAGGAUAGAGUGAUUGAUGGCAAAGAUCUAAUGCCCUUAUUGAAGGGAGAAGUCCAACAGUCAGAGCACGAAUUCAUGUACCACUACUGUGGCCCAUUUUUACAUGCUGUGAGGUGGCACCCAAGGAACAGUGAUGCUGUUUGGAAGGUCCAUUAUGUGACUCCAGUUUUCCAACCUGAAGGAGCAAUAGGUUGCUUUGAUAAAUUAUAUUGCCCAUGUGUAGGGGAAGGUGUUACACAUCAUGAUCCACCAUUGUUGUUUGACCUCUCAAGGGAUCCUUCUGAAUCAAAGAUCCUUUCCCGAGACAAUGAACCUCUCUAUGAUACAGUAAUAGAGACAGUAGAGAGAGCAUUUAAGAAGCAUCAAAAGACACUCACACCAGUCCCAGAGCAACUUACUUUGUAUAACAAGGAUUUACCAUGGCUGAGGCCAUGCUGUGGUACUUUCCCAUUCUGUCUGUGUGAUAAGGAAGUUGGAAAUUUAACUAUGCAAUUAUAA